AUGUUAAGAAAGUUACUACUGUUACCAGCGGUGCUGGCGACAGUUUGGCUGCCCAAUCUUGCAGAAGCAACGUGUAAUGCUCAUUACACGGUACUAGCAGGAGAUACGUGUUCAUCAAUUAUCUCAUCAAAGCAUACCUAUAUGGCAGAAAUUCUGGCUCUGAAUGCAGGAACCGUUAAUGCAGACUGCUCCAAUCUUUCUGUCGGCCAAUCCGUUUGCUGGAGAGACUCUAAUGAUCCUACAUGUGCAACCAAAAAAUCCACUCCUUCUGGUAGUUCUUGUAGCAGUGUUGCUACUGCAAAUGGUGCCACUUUGGCAGAAAUUUUGGCCUGGAACCCUUACUUGAACUCUGGCUGCUCUAACCUUUUUGCUGGUGACUACCUUUGCGUUUCUGGUACUGCUCUGACCACCACUACCACUACCACAACAAAAGUUGCUACUACCACAACAAAAGCUACUACUACUACAACAAAAGCAACAACUACCACAAAAAAAGCUACUACCACUACAACCAGCGCUUCCGCUACCACUACCUCAGGCUGUACUGGAACAUAUACUGUGAAAUCUGGAGAUACCUGUGGAAGCAUUGAAACUGCUUAUAGUCUGACUUCUGCUCAAUUUUAUGCAUUGAAUCCUUCUGUCAACACGGCUUGCUCUAAUCUCUCAGUUGGUCAGGUCCUAUGCGUCAAAGGAAGUACUGCUACUACUACUACCACUGCUACUACUAAAAGCGCCACCCCUACUGCUACAGGCUGUACUGGAACAUAUACUGUGAAAUCUGGUGAUACCUGUGGAAGCAUUGAAACUGCUUAUAGUCUGACUUCUACUCAAUUUUAUGGACUGAAUCCUUCUGUCAACACGGCUUGCUCCAAUCUCUCAGUUGGCCAGGUUCUAUGCGUCAAAGGAAGUGCUGCUACUACUACUACUACAAGUGCCACUCCUACUGCUACAGGCUGUACUAAAACAUAUACUAUCAAAUCCGGAGAUACCUGUGGAACUAUUGAGGCUACUUAUAGUCUGACCUCUGCUCAGUUUUAUGGUUUGAAUCCUUCUGUUAAUGCUGGUUGUUCUAAUCUCGCAAUUGGACAGGUUCUCUGUGUCCAAGGAACUUAUGCCACUACUUCAUCCACAGCCACAGCAACGGCUACAAUUGCUGGACUUUGUACUAAACAAUAUAUCAUCGGAUCUGGUGAUACCUGUUCUACCAUUGCAAGUGCUGCAGGCAUCACAUCGGCUCAACUGAUCUCCGCUAAUCCUCAGAUAAAUUCGGCUUGCACUAAUCUAAUAGUCGGUGAAGCGCUUUGUCUCUCCGUUUCUUCCGUCACUUCAACUACAACCGCACCUUCUCCUACUUCUACUAAUCCCUCAUGCGCUAUUGCAUAUCGAGUUGUCUCUGGAGAUACUUGCACCAGUAUCACCGCUACUUUUGGUAUGACUAGUACGGAUCUUCUGUCGCUGAACCCUCAAGUCAACUCUGACUGCACCAAUCUUGCUGUUGGUAACGUACUUUGUAUCGAGUUGAAAGCAGUAGCAACGACAACCUCCUCAGCAGCUCCUUCCUCGGCUCUGACUUGUAUCACUACUUACACCGUAAUCUCUGGUGACACAUGUUCUUCUAUAUGGACAGCUGCCAGCUUGACCUCAGCUCAAUUCUACUCUCUAAACCCUAGCAUAAAUGCUAACUGUACAAACUUGCAACUCGGAGAACUACUUUGCAUUAAAGCAGGGGCAACCGCAACCGUCACUAGCAUUGGGCCAACUCCUACCACCUAUGGCUGCUAUCAAACAUAUGUUGUCAAACCUGGAGAUAAUCUAUCUGCUAUUACACUUAGCAAUGGAAUAUACCAGGCUCAAUUGGUUGGUAUAAAUCCUAGUUUACAGUCUUCUACGUCGUUGUCGGUAGCGCAAAUACUGUGCAUCAGAGACAACACUUGCCCGGCUUGCUCACAGACAUACACGGUUCAAGCUGGUGACUCCUGCAGCAGUAUAGCGGAAAAUCAUGCUCUCUCUACGUCGACCUUCGAAACUUUGAAUCCAUACAUUAAUGCCCAGUGUUCCAAUAUCUUUGUUGGGGACGAUGUCUGUAUUAGCCCAGGUGCCUUGACCGCUACUGCUACCUAUCCUUUAACAACGCAAACCGCUUCUGCUACACCUUUGCCUACUGCUGCUUGUAAUCAAGAGUACACUGUUCAAGCUGGCGAUACCUGCAGUCAGAUUGUUGCCCAGAAUGAUAUUUACUUGGCUCAACUUUAUGGCUUGAAUCCAUCGAUCAAUACACAAUGUACAAAUAUCAAAGUUGGCCAAAGUCUCUGCCUCUCAAGUUCCAGUGUUCCCCCAUGCGCAAGCCGAGAAUUGAUUCAACUGUACCAGACAUGUACUUCUAUUGCGCAGACAAACAAAAUGAAUGUGACGCAGCUGCUAUCACUCAAUCCUUUCAUCAACACUGGGUGCUCAAAUAUAAUUGCUGGUGAUAGUAUCUGUGUCCUCAGUGGCGCAUCUGUUUGCAACUCAACUACGAUUGCCACAAGCACCACAACAUGCGGUAGCAUCCAAGCCUCUUACAAUAUUCCUACUGAUGCCUUCAGCGUAUGUAAUCCCACCUUGCAAUGUUCAGGAACAAUUUCUGGAGCUUCUGUGUGCACCUCUUGUACUGGUUCUCAACCCACAUGUAAUAAGGUUAUGAAAGCGCCUUCUGGAGCUACCUGUGCAUCCAUGGCAGCAUCAAUCAAUGUUACCAGUAGCUUGUUCCAGUAUUGGAAUCAGCAAACUGACUGUACCUCGCCUUUAUCGACAUCCAAAUAUUACUGUGUGUCCUCAGUUCAGUCAACAACUCCGGUCACAUUACCGCCUCCGCCAUUGCCCAAGCCCACUUGUUCAGCUACUUAUACUUGGAAGUCUACAGAUACUUGUGCUUCAAUUUCACAAAGUAAUCUGCUCACGACUGACAGCAUCGAAGCUUGUAAUGCUGCAGUGAACUGCACAAGUGGUACUAUUGCAACCGGUACCUCUCUCUGUACUACUUGUCAAUACACUCAGCCCGUCUGCGCUUCAGUGACCAAGUCUACUACUGGAUCAACUUGGACGUCGUUCAUUGCUAGUUUGAGUUUGACAACUGGUCAAUUUCAGGCUUGUAAUCCGUUAGUAAACAUCAACGCUUCUGAAGUCAUGCCUUCUAAUCGAUACUAUUGCUCGAAUUGCUCCUAUAUCUCUUCCGAUGACUGCAUGUCCAACUACACAGUUUCUUCUGGCGACACCUGCUCUAGCAUUGUUGUCCAAAAAAAUCUAUAUCUCGCUCAGUUAGAGACCAACAAUCCUACGCUGAAUUGCACAAACUUGCAAGUUGGUCAAAAAUUGUGUACGAAAGCCUUGUAUGAUCCAUUGUGCUGGAAAAGCACUGUUGUUGCUACUGGUCAGACCUGUGCAUCUAUUGCAGCUGCCAAUAACGUCACCAUAGACAGCCUAUUGCAAUUGAACCAAGAUCUCGAUACUUCAUGCGAUAACUUGUUCACUGGAGAUACAAUCUGUGUGCAGGGAUCUGUCGUUCCAGACCUCUCUCCACCGGUUUUGGCUCCCACAUGUACAGCAAAUUACACUGUAGUCUCUGGCGACAGCUGUAUCAAAAUUGCUCAAUCAUUUGACACCUAUGUCGCUCAAAUUGUGGGGCUGAAUCCUACUCUAAACACCCAGUGCACUAAUAUUGCCGUCGGUCAGAUCCUUUGCACCAAGCGUUCGGAUGUGCCGGUCUGUAAGAAGACUGCUAUAAUAGCAUCAGGUGAUUCUUGUUCUACUGUCGCAACUGCAAAUAAUGUGACAACUGGCGUUACUGGUAUCACGGCAUAUAAUCCAUUCUUAUCAGCAGCAUGUAACAACAUCUUCCCUGGCGAUACCCUCUGUGUAAAUGCACCAGGCGUUGUUGUAAAUAGUACAACUCCAGGAACAACCGUUACUCCCACUGCCCCUUGGACCAUACCGCCUGCCACGAUUAGCUGCGCAUUGGAAUAUACCGCGCUUGCUAGUGAUAACUGUACAACUGUUGCCGCUGCAUAUAACAUUUCUACCUUGACCCUUUUGCGAUACAACCAAGGCCUUUACAACUGUAGCGAUAUUGCAGGACGCAGUUUAUGCGUCAUUCCUGAUGUUGAAGGAUGCUCCAACACAUAUGUUGUGACAAAGCAGAAUACCACCUGUGAAUACAUUCAAAACAGAUAUGGUCUCAGUAACGAUACCUUUACCAUGGUUAAUCCCGGAAUGGACUGCAAUGGUUCACUACCUAUAUCAAGCACUGCUUGUAUUGACAAUUUAUUUACCGACUGUACGCACAACUAUACAAGUGUAGCAGGCGACACCUGCACCACAGUUCAAAGCCAGUUUGGUCUUUCCACCAACAUUUUCAGUGACAUCAAUCCAAAUCUGUCAUGUAGCGGUACCCUGGCUGUUGGAACCAACGUUUGCGUAGGAUCCACUUUUGCACAAUGUUCUCAAGUAUAUUCUAGUGCUCUAGGAGACACAUGCGCCAUUUUGGCCCAAGAAUAUUUCAGAAACUCCACAGCAGCUUUCAGCAAUCUCAAUCCUAGCGUAAAUUGCUCUCAAGUCAUUCCGAUCAAUACGAGAUUAUGCUUGCAAAGCAAUCAGGAGGUUGGAUGCGGGGAUGUAUACGAUGUACAGAGCGGUGAUACUUGUACAUCGGUGGAAAGUGCCUUCAAGCUUACAUCUGAUGUAUUGAACGCCUUGAAUCCUGGUCUUAUCUGUACUGCUUUAAAUCCUGGCCAGACAUUGUGUGUUGCUGCAGCUGCUCCAACCUGCAAAAGCAACAUCGUUAGUAGUGGUUACGAUACGUGCGCAAGCAUCCAAUCUACGUACAACGUAACUGCUACCAAUUUCUAUUUAUACAACCCACAGAUAGACUGCUCGGCUGGAAACAUUACUGUCGGAAAGUCAGUGUGUAUUAGUGCCUCUCAGUUGAAACUACCGAGUCAGCAGCUGAUGUCUGAGGCAGUCAAUCAGUUUGGGUCCUUGAACCCAAAGCUUCAGACACUUUAUCAGACUAUGAAGGCAAACCCCACAACCACAGAGAUUGAUACAGCCACCGCCAACCCAGCCUUUUCCAAACGAAGCGUGUCCAAGCGCGAAUUCCAAGAAGGCGUCUUGAAGAAAUUUCAAGAAAAGUAUCCGGAGCUUGCUAAUGAAAGAAGAAUGCUACAGAAGCGUGAAGAGGCGAGAAAAAAACGCCAUCCUCUCGAUAAGCGUCUGCUCAACAUUAAACAAUGGUGUGAUCCAACAAGUUUGAAGAACAUCAUUGAUGAGGUUGGCGGUGCAAAUUAUGAACCUGACAAUGAUGGGGAGGUCUCACAGACAGAUUACUGUUCGAGUGAUUCCUGCGUUUGGCCUGUAACUGAUUUCUUUGAAAUCCGUAUUGCUGAGGAAUGGUGUAUUCAAUCAGAUUAUGUCAAUGGCACCGGUGUUGUCACUGAAGUUCAAGAUAACUACCAAUCCAUAGAUAUUGAAUUCUGUUUGUCCGAUCCGGCGAUAGAUGACGUUUUGAAUGUAUUUGACAUUUCUCCACCUUGUUUGCAUAUACAAGGAAGAUAUUGGAAUAAUCGUGGAGUCCUACAGCUUGAUGCGGAGCUCACUAUCAUUGUUACAAUUGAAGGAAGUUUAAUGAUUAAACUGAUGCCUAGUGACGAUGAUUUGUGCCAGGGAUCUGAUUAUUGUGCCAAUGACUUCUGUUUCAUCGAUAUGUGGCAGCACUAUGAAGAGAUCCAUAUCUGGAUUACCAUUCUGUGGUGGACAAAGGAUAUCUACGGACCCAAGGAUAUGAAUUUACCUAUUUGCAACCCGAGUGACGCUACCAAAACUCUUCAGCCUCCAUCUUCGCCUUAUGGAAAGGUCUUGAAGGCUUACUAUCCAAACUGGACCUUCUAUCAUAACAACAAUCAGAUUGUGGAGAUCACACCAGAGAUGGGCAAAAUGAUUACACAUAUCAACUAUGCUUUCUCCAUGGUGUCCUAUUCCCCAGAAUUGGAUGCUUACUACCUCGACCCUACCGAUCUAUUUGCUGACACUGGUGCCUGCUCUGGCAUGUCACUUGCUGACUGUACUUGGAGUACAAUCAGCUCGUUCUUCUUCGACAACAGCAACACCGAUAAUUGCAUGGCAAUCCCCUCCUCAUACCAGUGUGCUCCUGGUGUCAUUAGCAUGGUCCCAUACUUUGGCUACAAAGAAUCUGGUGGACCUGAAGGCGGUCGAAAUCCAUCUUGUACUACAAAAAUGGACGGAACAACCUUGAAAGAGUCUCCUGAUGGAAGUACCAUCCUGGCUUGCGGACAAUUCAGCUAUCUUUUGGACCUUAUGCGCUUGCAAGAUUCCGCCCUUGACGGAGUUCGAGUUGUGUUGUCUAUUGGUGGAUGGUAUGACGCGAACUACUUUACGCCAGCCACGGACCCUGCCCAUGUCGAGAGCUUUGUUCAAUCCAUUGUAUCAAUCUUAGACUUCUUUCCUUUCGAUGGAAUUGAUAUCGACUGGGAAUAUCCCGGAUUCGAGCACGGUGAUGAGCCAUUGUAUCAACAGGCCGCCUAUGGCGACAGAGAAAACACGCAAAACUGUAUAACUUCUACCUGUGAAGACACUGCUCGCAGCAACGACCCAGCUCAAUAUGUCAACUUCUUGACUUUGUUAAGGACUGCUCUUAAUACUGCUGGACCUACUAAACUUGGAAGAAACAAGCACGGUGAUAUGUAUGAAUUGUCCAUUGCAGCUCCCUCAGGAUACGACAAAUACCAAUUUCUUGAUAAGAAGGCCAUUUGCUCUGUUGUUACUCAUGUCAACUUGAUGACUUACGACAUGCAUGGUGCCUGGGAUACAAUUACUAACCACCAAGCACCCAUCUAUGACAACACUCCUGGAGCAACAGGCGAGCAGUAUUCCAUUGAUGACGCUGUCAAUGGAUGGGUUAAUGCUGGCUGCGAUCCUUCCCGACUGGUUCUUGGUGUUCCAUUCUAUUCUAGAACGGAAGUUGGUGUUGAACCUGGUCAGGCAUAUAGCAGCUCUCAAUACCCUGGAUUGUAUCAGCCUUUUACAGGCGCUCAAAUGGAUGCAACUGCUAUGCCAACUUUCGCUCAAAUUGUCAGUGAUCCUUCCUGGACUACAUACUGGGAUCCAUAUUCCCAAGCAUCAUGGGCCUGGAAUCCUUCCCUCAAUCAGUUUGCCAGUUAUGAUAGUGAAAAGGCAUUAGCUAACAAGAUGUGUUAUGCUGGCGCUAAAGGGUUAGCAGGAGGAAUGAUUUGGCUUCUUGGACAGGAUACGGAUGAUAACCGCGCAUUGGCAGCUGUCUACAACAACUUGACUUGUACAACCAUGCCUCCGAGACUGUCUAGUCCUCCUCCUACUGUCGAAACGCAACCUGGUGAAGCUUGCCCUGACGGUCUUACUAAACGACAGGCAACUGGAUGCAAGGCUUAUACUGCUCGUAAAACGGUUAUUCAUAUGGUUCAAGUUGGUAGAGGAGAGUCCUUCGUCAUCGAAGUUCAAAAUUGGCAAAACACCUUCGGUCUUGGAACUAAUGCUGAAAAUAUGAUGAUGGCAUCGGGAAGCGGAGGUGUGCUUGUGGCAACAAAAGGUAUCAUGAUUGAUGCUGGUAAAGGAUACUCCGAAGAAUUACAAGCUUUGCAAUCGGUUAUUGCCAACAUGGCAAUUUCAAAGAAAGCUCAACCCAGUCUCUUCGAUACCGUCAUCCUAACUCAUUCAGAUACUGAUCAUAUCAGAGGGUUAGUUCAAAUGUUUUUACAGAACGCGGUAUCGGUCAACGGUAUACCAUACUUCCGACCAAGCAGAUAUGUCACAAACCAAAUUCGCAAUGUCAAUGAUCCUGGCACCGGGUUUAUGCAUGAUUCUCCUUUUGAUUUGAGUCUGAGAGAAAUGCUUAAUGUACCUUUCGACAAUAGCAACGAAGACUGCGAUCGUAUUCAACUAUUUGCUCAAACAUCAUAUGAAGUCGGUGGACUUCAGGUUUUCCAAGACGCGGUGAAUUCGUUGCGAAGCAAGGAGUAUGCCUUGCUACUGAGCGAGUUGAGUCAACUGUCCAACAAUAAUGGCGGUACGUGGGUGCCAGCCCAUGGUCAGACUAGUGGUGGCAACCAAGGCGCUGGAGGUUCCCCUUACUUCGGUUAUAAUGGUAUCGGCAUGAUGAUGGGUGCGAACAACCUCGAUAUAUCUGGCAGUCUUUUCAGUGCAUUUUCUAUGCCCUAUAUGUGUGGUACCGGCCGCCUCACCAGUCCCGUCUCAUAUCCCACUUGGAAUGACGGUCAAACAGAUGUAACUGAAUCAAUGGACGUUGACGAAGAUUUACCUGACGACGAUAUGGGUGGUACUCAGCAGCAGCUCAUGAAGCAGCCAAACAGUAAUGAAGGUCCAGCGAGCAAUAUGGUCAGUACCAUAACUGAAAUGACCACAGGAUCAACUCAAAUGCUGUUCACAGGUGAUAUGAAUGAACUUCAGUGGCAAUAUGUAUCUCAACUUCGAGCCUCAUGGCCGUUGUAUACAAUCCUAAAGGUGCCUCACCAUUGCUCGAAGCUGAAGAUGAUCAAUUUGUAUUCUUCCAUUGUCGCCAACGUUUAUCUCAUCAGUGGAAAGACUGAGGGUAAAACAUUUCAACCGGCGGGCUCUUGCUUGACGGACAUCAUUACAAACAGAUUAAGUAACCCCAAUGCUGGCAUAGGCCAUAUCUUUGUAACCAACUGGAGUACUGGGCAAAACAAUUUGGACGCUACUCUUGCAGCCUUAGAUGCUGUUUCCAACAAAUAUAGAAUUUACGUUUUGAAUAGUGGUGAGAACGACGGAACCUUUCAAGUAUCGGAUCAUGGCGACGUCGUAAUUGACACGGCUCAAUGGACCGACAAGACGCCAAACCUACCCACUAAAUUUGACAAAGUGAUUGCUGGUAAUAUACCUCAAACCGAUAUCUCGGGUGACAGCAUUAUUGGCCAACUGGCAUUCUCAUAA